CGCGUCACUGGCCUUCUUCCUCUCUCUUCCGGUCAAGCCCAAGACCUGCAGACAGAGCAACAUGGCCUGGUGCGAACCCUGUGACCGGUAUUUCAGCUCUUGGAAUGCUCUGGAGGACCACUAUGAGCAUAACUCGAGACACAAUUGGUGCCGGAAAUGUGACCGUCAUUUCAGUUCUCCUACCGCUCUCCUCAGUCACCGUGUCAAUAGCGGCGCUCACAACUACUGCAGAGGAUGCGGGGAGGAUUUUGACGAGGAGUAUGAGCUGAGGGAUCAUAUCGACAGGACGCAUUGGUAUUGCGAUGACUGUGACGAGUUCUUCAAGAAUCAGUACGGUCUGCGGGAACAUUAUCGUCAGAGCCCCGCCCAUUUCUAUUGCGCAGACUGCGACAAGCACUUCGCGAAUGAUAACAAUCUCAGAAUGCACCUGAAGUCUUCGACCCAUGUCGGGCGAGGUGUUCAAUGCAAGUGGUGUCCGAAGGCGUUUCCGUCCAUUGCAGCCCUUACUCUCCAUCUCGAGUCCGCUACCUGCGCCUCAGGCAUAACGAGGUCGCAGGUCAACGCCUACGUUCGUUCUAUCGAUAGACAGCACAUCGUCACGAAGCGCCUCAUCACAGGUCCCUCGGACAUAGGCCCGACUGUUCGCUCUACCAUGGCCACCGCUGCAGCUUGGAAUGGAUCCUACUACGAAUGUUACUUUUGCUCUCGCGGGUUCUCAACGUUGGCCGCCUUGAAUCAGCACCUCAACUCCCCUGCGCACGAGGCCAAGAUCUAUAGAUGUCCGCACUGUCGGACGGAGACUAGGACCUUAUCGGGCUUGGUGCAGCAUGUCGAGAGCGAGAGCUGCGGCGUCAGCAAGUUUCCGGCUGCGAACCGGAUCAUGGACAAGCUUACGGCCAGUAUGGGGAGAUUGCUGAUGUGACGGUUUCUCUAGGUUACUGCAAGAAUGGUCUUGUUGGUGUCGCGUUUUCUGAUAAAUUUUCAGUCGUUUGUCCAUGCGCUUUCAUGCUAUCAUGUUGUCAUGCAAUCUUUACUCGGUAGUAAGUUUUGGACUUGAGUAUGGGUUUUGGCAAUCCUGGCAUUCUUCCUGGUGAAGCUGGUUGUAUCCACAUAUGCAGAAUAUCGAUAUGUAUUUAUGGAAAUUGGACGGGUGUGGACAUAAGGACCCGGAAGUCACGGC